AUGUUGUCGAGAUCUUUUGUUAGAGGCCUUAGGGCCAACAUGGGAUUGGCCUCCCAGGCUAGAGCUCUGUCUUCUACCACUGCCGCUCUCAAAUCUACCUACGAUUCCCCAGACUUCUCUCACUACCUCAACAAAUCCAAAGGAACCAAUGACAAAUCUAGAGUUUACACCUACUUCAUGGUUGGCUCGUACGGACUGCUUUCGGCUGCAGCUGCCAAGUCGACCGUCGAGGCCUUCUUGACCACCAUGUCGGCGUCUGCCGAUGUGCUGGCCAUGGCCAAGGUCGAGGUCAAGCUGAACGCCAUUCCUGAGGGAAAGAACGUCGUUGUCAAAUGGCAGGGUAAGCCUGUUUUCAUCAGACACAGAACCCAAGCAGAGAUAGCCGAGGCCAACGAGGUGGACAUCUCUUCUCUGAGAGACCCACAGAAAGACUCCGACAGAGUGAAGAACCCAGAGUGGCUGAUCAUGCUCGGUAUCUGCACCCACUUGGGUUGCGUUCCUAUUGGAGAGUCCGGUGACUACGGCGGAUGGUUCUGCCCAUGUCACGGUUCCCACUACGACAUUUCCGGCAGAAUCAGAAAGGGCCCUGCUCCAUUGAACCUUGAAAUUCCAGAAUACGAAUUCUCCGACGAGUCCACUUUGGUUGUUGGCUGA